AUGUUAAUAACACGAUUAGGAAGUCGAAGCUCGCUACGAAAAGUGGUUUCUGAGCUAGGAGGAUCCAAAGCAUUUAUCAUAACGGGAAGAUCGUUGAACGAGAAAACACCCGUUAUCAAAGAGCUAGAGGGUCUCCUGGCGGACUCGCAUGCGGGUACAUAUGCUGGAGUCCGCCAACAUGCGCCUGUUGCGGAUAUAGAGUCCGCAACAGAACAUAUCAAGCAAUCUGCGGCAAAUGUCCUUGUAGCGGUUGGGGGAGGAUCGCCCAUAGAUGCCGCGAAGGCCGUCGCCUACCAUAUACAUCAACACACUGAAAAAUGGAUACCUAUAGUUGCCCUACCGACGACCCUGAGUGUAGCUGAAAAUACAUUUGGAGCAGGGUAUACCAGUCGUGAAGGUCUAAAAGUUGGGAUCUUCCACCCUGAAUUGGCACCGAAAGCAAUCAUCUAUGAUGCCGAAAUCACUCUACAUACCCCAGCACGUCUAUGGCUAAGCUCUGCUGUCCGUGCAAUUGAUCAUGCAGUUGAAUUACAGUAUCAUCCUCAGGCAGCCGAGGUGCCUACAAAACGACUGUGUCGAACGGCGAUAAGAGAGAUCUUCAGGCUCCUCCCGCUGUGCAAGAAGGAUCCCGAAGACCCAAAGAUUCGCCAGGAAUUACAAAUAGCCGCGUAUUCCGCCUUCCCUCCGUUCUACUUUACAGCCCCCAUAGGGCUAAGCCAUGCAAUUGGUCAUGUUAUUGGGGCUACAUAUGCAAUUCCACACGGUAUCACAUCUUGUAUAUCCCUGGCUAAAACCAUACACUUCAAAGCCACUAGGAAUCCGGAGGAAGCUCAUCAAAUUGCGAAAAUAUUGCCAUAUAUUGGCCAGGCUUGUUCAGGUGAUGAUGCAAAGGAUGCAAAUGCUGUGGGAGAUGCUAUAGCCAAGUUGGUGGAGAUGUUGGAAUUGAAAUCUACAUUGACUGAAUUCUCCGUCAGGCCCAGUGAGGCUGACACAAUUGCGUUGCGGGCAUUGAAAGGGGACAAGAAAGAUCCAAAUCUGCCAGCAUUGUUUGAGCUUAUUCGAAGCUUGUAUUAA